CCAGGUACAAUUGCAAUCCAAGUUUCACCCCCUAAAAACUGCCUUACACUUCAAUACUCAAAAUUAAUUAAAUUAAGUAAUCUUAUAUAAGAGCAAGACUGCAAGACAAUAAGAGCAAUUAUAAUCUCCUAAUUCUCUUCUCCGAACAAACCAAAUCAAAUCCUCGACUCUCAUUCACAAACACCCAAUCAGUAGAAACAGGCUGCUUUCGGAAUAGAUGGAAGGGAAUAAGUAUCUUCAUGGGACAUUGGAGGUCACCAUCUUUCAUGCAACACCUUUUGCACCAUCCUUCCCCUUCAGUUGUUUAUCAGCAAGCAGUAGACCAGCAUAUGUGACAAUCAGGAUAGGCGAGCACAAAAUGGCAAAAACAACGCGUGAACAUGAUAGAAUUUGGAACCAGACCUUCCAGAUACAGUGUGCUCAUCCAAUGGACUCGCUCAUUAUUAUCACUGUAAAAACCAAGUGUUCCAUCCUGGGGAAGAUACAAUUUCAGGCACAACAGCUAGUUACUCAAGCAAGCUUAAUAAAUGGCUUUUUUCCCUUGCUAUCAGAAGACAAAAAGCCUAAGCCAAAAUUAGGGCUACAAUUCAUCCUAUGGUUCAAACCAGCAUACUUGGAGCCAAGCUGGGAAAGGUUGAUUGAAAAUGGUGACUUCAAGGGCCUACGGAAAGCAACAUUUCCACAACGAUCUAAUUGCAAUGUGACACUUUAUCACGAUGCUCACCAUCUUCCUUCUUUCCAACCAAAAUUGCCAGAUCAUAGCAUUCCGCGAAAACUCUGGGAAGAUGUAUACAAGGCACUGGAAGGGGCAAAACAUUUAAUUUAUAUAGCAGGAUGGUCACUGAAUCCCAAGAUGGUGCUGGUACGAGAUCAUCAAACAGAAAUUCCACGAGCAAGAGGAGUGACAAUUGGUGAAUUGCUCAAACAGAAAGCAGAAGAGGGAGUGGCGGUAAGAAUAAUGCUCUGGAAUGACGAAACAUCCAUACCACUCAUCAAGAACAAGGGCUUAAUGAAGACUCAUGAUGAAGAUGCUUUCGCAUACUUCAAAAACACAAGAGUGGUGUGCAGAUUAUGCCCACGAUUGCACAAGAAGUUUCCUACAUUAUUCAGCCACCAUCAGAAAACUAUUACUAUAGAUACUAAAGUAGAAAACUCCCCAAGCAAUAGGGAAAUAAUGAGCUUCAUAGGUGGAGUAGAUCUCUGUGAUGGUCGCUAUGAUACAGAACAACAUUCCCUUUUUCGAACACUAAACACCGAAUCCCAUGCCCAUGAUUUUUACCAAACGAACAUUACAGGGGCUAGCCUCCAUAAAGGUGGACCAAGAGAACCUUGGCAUGACGUACAUGCUAGUAUAACAGGUGAAGCAGCCUGGGACGUGCUUACCAACUUUGAACAGAGAUGGCUUAAGCAAUGCGAACCUUCUCUACUAAUACCAGCCAGCACCAUAGGAAAACUCCAUACGUCUUCUCCUCCAAGCAUCUCUGACAGAAAUUGGCAAGUGCAGGUUUUUCGGUCCAUGGACCAUUUCUCUGCAAGUCCAUCAUCAAACAUAGUUAGCACUGAGCAGAGCAUCCAUGAAGCUUAUAUAGAGGCAAUAAGAAAAGCAGAUAGAUUCAUAUACAUAGAGAAUCAGUAUUUUAUAGGAGGGUGCAAUUUAUGGGAAAAAGAUCAGAACAGUGGAUGCAGAAAUUUGAUCCCUAUUGAGAUAGCAUUAAAGGUAGCAAAUAAAAUUAAAGCAAGACAGAGAUUCUCAGUGUAUGUGAUAAUACCCAUGUGGCCAGAAGGGAUACCAGAGAGUGAAAGCGUACAAGAUAUAUUACAUUGGACAUGGGAGACCAUGGCAACAAUGUAUAGAUUAAUAGGACAAGCAAUAAAAGAAACAGGAGAGAAAGCACAUCCUAGAGAUUAUUUGAACUUUUUCUGCCUUGCUAACAGGGAAGAAAAGAGAGAAGGAGAGUUUGUUCCUCCAUAUUCUCCUCAUCAUUUAACAUCAUACUGGAAUGCCCAAACAAAUAGAAGGUUCAUGAUCUAUGUCCACUCCAAGCUCAUGAUAGUCGACGAUAUAUACAUCUUGAUAGGAUCCGCAAACAUAAACCAGAGAUCUAUGGAUGGGGCAAGAGACACAGAGAUUGCAAUUGGAUGUUAUCAAACUAAGAUAGAAGGAGAGAAGGAAACAAAGAAUACAGAUAUUUAUGCAUAUCGGAUGUCUCUAUGGUACGAGCACACAGGAAGACAGGAGAAAGAGUUCAACGAGCCACAUAGCAAGGAAUGUGUGGACAUACUAUGUUCUAUUGGGGAGCAGAUGUGGAAGACAUAUAGUGGAGAAGAAGUUGUGGACAUGCAAGGUGUACAUUUGGUAUCUUAUCCGAUAUAUGUGAGGGAGGACGGAUCUCUGGAAGAGCUAUCAAACAGCAGCAACUUUCCCGAUACACAAACUCCAAUACAGGGAAAGAGAUCAAAGAUUCUCCCACCUAUUUUCACCACGUGAAGUAGAGAAUCAAUAUAAUGUGCCUUUUUAAUGCUUGUUUCAUAAACAAGACAAGCACGAUAAAGAAAUUGACAUGACAAAAUUUUCUAGUUCAACUCAUGGAGUGCUAAACCAAAAUGUUGAACAUGAUUGUAAUUUUACAUACUAACAACAAAGAACCAGAAAUUGAGAAUCUUGGUCCCAUGUAUUUUAUGAAAGGGAUGUCAAAACUGUUAUAGGAAAAUCAAAGACUGUGAACAUGAAAAUGAAAAUGAACAUUCGUAAGGUGAAUUUCUCAUUUUUAAUAACUUAAAAUACAGUAACAUCCCACCCUGUCAACAUAAAAGAAGAUAGCGCUCUUUGACAAAUUUGCCACCAAAACAAGGUCUCCGUCCCAACUCCUAAUGGCCAAAACCACCACAAACUAAAAAUUCAACUAAACCAUGUGAGUACUACUCCCUUUGAGGAAAGCCCAAUCAGUAGCAAUUGUCAUCUGGAGUUAACUGGCUACCAUAUAAAAGCAGUACCGGUACCUAACUAAUCCUAGGUUAUAUCAAAAUUUU